AUGGCACCCGCCGCGAUCUCAAACCCCAACCGCUGCGACCGCGGCUUUGUGGGCAACACCAUCGGCCAGGCCAAUGCCGUGUCCAACAAAGCCCUUGACCUGCGCUUCUGCAAGUUUGCGGGGGCCAACCUGAGCGGCAAGACGCUGUCGGGCGCAUACAUGAACGAGGCCGACAUGAGUGGGGCCAACAUGCGGGAGGUGGUGCUGACCAAGGCGUACGCGGUUGGAGCAAACCUGAGGGGCGCCGACCUGACCAAUGCGGUGAUUGACCGUGUGGCGUUUGAUGGCGUGGACCUGGAAGGGGCCCAGCUGGUCAACGCAGUGAUCACGGGCACCACCUUUACAGGCGCCAACCUGAAGGAUGCCAACUUUGAGGACGCGCUGAUUGGCAGCGAGGAUGCCAAGCGCCUGUGUGCCAACCCCACGCUGGUAGGCGAGAGCCGGGACCAGGUCGGCUGCCGGCAGUGA